CUCCCGCGCUUGAACGACCUCACUUAUCACCAGCUGCUGCUGCUCCUUUCUCAGCCCCCAAUUGACCCCGUGCAGAUUCUGCUUCUUCCCAGCUCUCUGCUCGACCGCGCUCUCUGCAAUCCUUCCAACAGUAUACGCACAUUGGCUGCAUUAUAGCUGGGCUCAGCUCUUAUCUUCGUUCCUUCACGCAUUCCUUCGCGAAUCGUCUUAUCUCUCCUCUCCUCUCCUCUCCUCUCUCCGAAGAAGAAGAAUCCCCUGCUCUCUUCUCAUCUCCUCUUCGACUCUCCACCAAAAACAAAACACAAGAUGUCCAGCCAACCUCUCCUCCAAACUGCCCCAGGCAAACGCAUCGCCCUCCCCACCCGCGUCGAACCAAAAGUCUUCUUCGCCAACGAACGCACCUUCCUCUCGUGGCUCAACUUCACCGUCAUCCUGGGCGGUCUGGCCGUCGGCCUGCUGAACUUCGGCGACCGCGUCGGCCGCAUCUCCGCCGGUCUGUUCACCCUCAUCGCCAUGGCCGCCAUGAUCUAUGCUCUUGUGACCUUCCACUGGCGCGCCCAGAGUAUUCGUAAGCGCGGCCAGAGUGGUAUUGAUGAUCGCUUUGGGCCGACGAUUUUGGCUCUGGCGCUGUUGGCUGCUGUUGUGGUUAAUUUUGUGUUGAGGAUGGUGGAGUGAUAUUCUUCCUUUGUUUGUUUUUUGGGGGUUUUUAUUUUUUUUUUUUGUUAUAUUUCUCUUUGGGGGUUGGGUUUGUUUUGUU